AUGAAACCUAAAGAAUUCUCUGGUGAUCAACUGUUACAACAACUAAUGCAUGUUACAGAUGUGCAGUUUGGAAAAGUAUGUGGAACAAAGAGGAAGCGCACAGAUGAUGAGUUGAAUUGGACGAAGAAAAGUAUUUUUUUCAAGUUGCCUUAUUGGUCAACACUAAAACUAAGACACAAUUUAGAUGUCAUGCAUAUUGAGAAGAACAUAUGUGAUAGUGUCUUGGGUACAUUGAUGAAUAUUGCUGGGAAGACAAAGGACACGGCCAAGGCACGAAUGGAUUUGUAUGAAAUGGGUAUACGCAAAGAAUUGCACUUGCAGACAAAUGGUGCAGCUCGAUCAAUGCCACUUGUAAAGUACACCUUGACACAAGAUAAAAAGAAAACUUUAUGUGAUUGGCUGAAAGGUGUGAAGUUUCCUGAUGGGUAUGCAUCUAACAUCAGUCGAUGUGUGAACAAGCUUUUUAGUAAGAUUUCGGGAAUGAAAAGCCACGAUUGUCAUGUCUUCUUACAGCGUUUACUCCCUAUUGCAAUCCGUGGAUAUUUAACAACCGAAAUACGUACAACAUUGAUUGAGCUGAGUAACUUUUUUAAGCAACUGUGUGCACGGACAUUGAAAUUAGAUGUCUUGAAGCAAAUGAAGGACGACAUUGUCGUGAUUCUAUGCAAGUUGGAAAAGAUUUUUCCACCUGCCUUUUUUGAUAUUAUGGUUCAUCUAGCUGUUCAUUUACCUCGAGAGGCUGAGCUUGCUGGACCAAGCACGCCAGAGGGGUCAAUUGCUGAAUGUUAUUUAUCUGAUGAGUGUUUGACAUUUUGCUCCUCUUAUCUUCGUGGGAUUGAGACAAGAUGGACUCGUGAAGAGAGAAAUGCUGACAGAUGGCUAGAGGAAAGGAGUAUAGGCUUGGAUGUGUUCUCUCAACGAGUUCGACCUUUGGGAGCAGCAAAAUUUGUAACACUUGAAGAGAAGGUUUUCACAAGGGCUCGAUGUGAACACUAUCAAAAGGUUAGUGGAGAAUCCAACCUUCACAUUGAGAAGAGGCAUGAAGCCGAAUUUGAACGUUGGUUUCAAAAUCGUAUAUGUGGGAGCAAUGCGGCGAAUGUUUCAAAACAAUUAUAUGACCUUGCAUGCGGGCUUGAUUAUCUAGUUAGAUCAUACAAAGGUUGUAUUGUGAAUGGGGUUAGGUUCCACACAACAGAAUGUGAACAAACUCGUACUACUCAAAACGGUGGUAUUGUUGUUCGAGGUGAGCAUGGCACGUCGAAUAUUGAGUUCUAUGGUGUGUUGAGGAACAUUUUGGAGUUACGUUACCCGGGCUCAAAUCACGUGUAUUUUUUUGAGUGCGAUUGGUGGAACACUGGGAUUAGAACGGGAAUGCAAACGGACCAAUACUUUACAACUGUGAAUACUUCUCGUACAUGGUAUGAAUCUGACCCGUUUAUCUUAGCAUCUCAAGCUUCACAAGUAUUUUACUUGAAUGAUAUCAAAUUGGGUGGUAGUUGGCAAGUGGUGCAGAAGAUGACUCAUAGAAACAUAUAUGAUAUUCCAACAAUACUAGAGAGAGAUAAUGAAGAAGAGGACCAAGGAGUCAGUGGUGAGGUACACCAGGAACGUGAAUGUGUUGGGGGUAAUGCCAUUACUGUAGAAGCAAAUAAUGAAGACUCAAAUUUGUUAUGUAGAGAUGACGUGGAACCUAUCCCAAUAGCUGUUGAUGAAGUAUAUGUGGAACUUGAUGAAAACAUGUUCAUUGACGAUAACUUGUAUAAUGAGGAACAUGAUACAAACUCCGAUGAUGAAGAAGAGUUGUCUAGUAAUGAAAACACAGACUCUGAACACGAAGAGGAGUUUUCGAGCGACACUGAUACAAACUCUGAUGAUGAUAUGUGUUGAAUAUAUUUCAUUUUGGUGUAAA